GACCAACGUUGAUCUCAUACUGUGACGCUCAAGUUUCAACUGUGAAAUGCAAGCAUAUCGAGCAGCACGAGUAUCGACGUCAAAUUGGUCAAGGCGCGCCAUAUAUGCUGACCGUGGUAUCGUCGUCCUAAAUAAACCUUCAGGUCUCGUCUGUCAAGGUUCGAAGGAUGGAGGUCACGGUAAUGAGAGCGACGGGCAGCGAAUGAGAGGGGAUAAAUUCAAUGAGUUAUUGCAAGACCUAGAGAAAUAUCUAAAGCAGGACAGUCUUCCACACCCUGUACACCGUUUAGAUAAGUCUUGCACUGGAGCUCUUGUCUUCGCUCGUAAUACUGCCACUGCCAGAGAAAUAUCUCAGCAGUUUCUCGCACGCACAGUAGAAAAGACGUAUCUUGCCCUUGUCAGAGGUGGCGAGAAGUCAUUCCCCGGAACAUCGGGAGAAAUUCGAGACGCUCUUGAAAUUAAUGACGGUCGAGUAUCGAUAGGCAAUAGCUGUAGCGCCAAGUUUGCCGCCACGGAUUGGGAGCUUAUUGGCCAUUCGCCAGAAGCACCUUUGUCCUUGCUCAGAUUGAGACUGCACACAGGCUUGAAACAUCAGCUCCGCGUCCAUCUAGCCCAUGCUUUACGCACUCCUAUACUCGGUGAUACAGUUUACACGCGCAGUACACCGUCCGAGAAGAUCGCUGGCGUGACCACAGUCCCUGAAAACAGAAUAUUCCUACAUGCAUCACACAUCUCGCUUAAUAGGUAUAGGAAAUCUGGACCGAGCAAGCGUUUCCGCUUGGGUAUCACAGCCCCUUUGCCGAAAGACUUUGUCAAAAUCUGCGCUGAUACGGGCAUUCGUCUUGAUAGCAAAGAUAUCUCUGGUGGUUUAUUUAUCGACGGCGAACCAGUAGGUGAAGAAAUCCCCGACAUAGAAGGAAAGUGGCUACGACACGCUGCUCGACGAUAACUUGGAAUAUACACUUCUCGUCGCUGUUCGUACAAUGUUACAAGCAUACACCUACCACUACUAAAAAAAAGUACAGCAAAGUCUUAAUAAAGUUCGAAGUUAUAAAUAGUCUUGCAAUGUGGUCCACACCCAGAAGCUCACCCGGCAAGCUGGCAUAUAAUGGAGGCGAUAGUGUGUCCCCGGUUGGUCCGUUCAUGACGGUUGCUGUUGACCAUGAGGGGGAACCUGCACUUGCCCGUCUUGUUGUGCCUUUAACCAGUUGCCCACACCUACCGCUAUCGCUCCGACAGCCUGCGCAACACCUGAUGCCAAUACGGUUCCACCAGCACCAGCACUAAUUGCUGGGAUGGCGGGCAGCGUACCGGCGGUAAUCAGGAUUGCGCUUAAUGUGCUCAUGGCCGUAGGGUGUUCGGCGGUGAGGAAGUCUAGGGCAUUGCAAGCGUUCAACAACCACGUUGGUGCGUUUGAGACGGAUGUUAAAGUGUUUUCGUUGUUUAUUGAUAACGAAGAAUCCAUAGUCCUAGAACGUGUUGGCGUUGGCUUUGUGGUGUCUAUGGUCAUGGAGCGGGUGGGAGUUGGUGGAAUUGGUGGAGUAGGUUUCGAGAAGAAAUCUGUAGUCAUGGAGCGAGUUGGCAAAGGUUUUGAGCUCAUUCUCCUCUUGGGUACUAUGAUUUCUGAAUGCGUUUUGACAGGAGCAGGACGAUUCAACUCGUCAACUGAACAUCGCUCCUUCAAAGUCUUUUUCCGGGUAACCCAGAAAAUACCUGAUGAUUUGGUAUGGACCUGCACUGGCUCCGUCGCCGUGAUAUCAAUGUCCCAUCCCAUGUUCAUCAUCGCAAUCUUGAACUUCUUCCAGCUCCACCUGUACUUCCCUCCGUUCACCUUCGCCAUCACCUUCUUCAACUCCUCCAGUCUGACUUUCGCCGUCUCGCCCAUGUAAUGCUGAGCUACCUUGUGCCAAUACUCCUCCGGCACCUUGCGUUCGGAGCACCCAGCCCUUAUCUGUCGCAGCCAGUCCUCUACCGGAGCGUCUUUCUUUGGGUCACCAAAGAACAUCGGUGGGUCCGUCCAAGACUCAUAAAUUGGCUCGAGGUUGAAUUCUUUGAUUUUGAAUGCGUCAAGCAUUGCGAGUUGAAAGGGUAGGGAAAAGAAUGUGUAAGUUGUGUGGUGGUGGUGGUCAGUUUGAGCUUUCAGCUACAAAAUCUUAUGACGCUACUGCGAAGUCCUUAAAAACCAAGCUCGGCGCCUCGUUGAUGCGGCGCGGCUCCAUGAGGCCAGCUUCUGGGUGGGGUAACAAGACAUGUGUUCGGACCUCUGUGCAUAAGCGCAAAUGAAAUUCCGGCAUCAUCAAGAUCCCAAGUACGGAGGACUCGAAAAAGGAAUUUUCGAAACGCAAAACCGAACUCAUGCAAAACAUGAGGUUGUGGGUGCCCCAGCGCCAGGUCAAUACUAGACGCAUCCAGUCUGUAUUAAUGACCCUUCACGGGGUGUCUCAUUGGCUGUGCCUAUACGAGUAAGUUUGAAAGACUAUCACUCAAUGCAUCAACACCGUUUCAGAACAGCCUUCGACGUCGGAACACACCAGCCGGAAUCUCGAAUGGAAUCGAUUUCAAGAAGCGGGAGAACACCGGUGUGAUAGUUCAGAAGUAUUAUAUUAGAUAUCAUACAUGAAUCUUCCAUAUGUAGAUAGAGGAAAGACGGCCCCCCAAACGGAAAACUAUCGAUGCUGAGAUGGCGCUGAUUACAGUAGUAGAAGGCAUGUGUGGAUUGAUGCAUCAUGGAAACCCGUCAGAAAGGGACGAGCCUUCGUAGAACAUAAUGGAGCUCUGUCCAUUUGCCAACAGGGCAAGGUUCGGUCACUUUUAAUAUGCAAAUUCAUAUAUUAGCCUGCUUGACAUGCACUGGGACGUACCGAACAUUGAAGAAAUCUGUGCGCGAAGCAACCUUUGCCUACCUUUCGCGCAGCACGGCUGCUAGUGUCUUCCUGCUCAUUCUCCGACAAAUGUCUUGCCGGAGUCAACUGAGUCUUGUGUAGUCCCAAAUUGGAAGGUCCUGCACCAGCCUCGCUGCUUCCGUCCAGGGUGUCAGCUAUGCAGAAUAUCAGUUUCUGGGCAUUGUGCUCGUUGCGUCCUUUUGAGGUGUUGCAAGCAUAAGUACAAUGACAGGAUCCUAAGGAGGAAAGUCCAUGCCGUCGUAGCCAAUAUUGGAUUUUCGAUGAUCUGGGCUUUGUAUAGACCGAUCUUGGUGGCGUCCGUGGAAAAUGCGGAAGGGACGGGAACCUGUAGGGAGAAUGGAAGCCCUUGUUUGAGAAAUGCCACGAUAUUUUUUCCACCUCGGCCGCUUAUGGGUCCAAACGCACUCUGUGUGGUUGCGCCGCCCUUUUGAUUUCGGACGCUGACCGGGGAAUGUGUGUCCCGUAGACAGUAAGAGUAUUGGUCAGCAUUGACUGCAGAGACUCUGCUAGGCAGUGGUCGUGAUAACCGAUAACGAGGCUGACUACGCUAGAGGGUGCACAGCAUGAGGCGAUUGAGCCACGAUCGAAGGCUCUCUAGCUCCGAAGGUAGAUGAUCUUGGACUGCCUCUUCCCGCAAGUAUCGAAGGCAAGGUACCGCAG